AGUUUGACACAGUGAUUGAGAAACUCUGAGUAGUACUUUUUCAUUAGGGACCAUUAAAAAAAAAUAAAAAAUGGAAGCUCUGGUUUGCAAGAAACUGGGUGACCCAACCCAGGAUCCGAAUGACCCCGCAUCCCCUGUAGUUCUGGAGAAGAACCAACCGAUCCCAGAAUUGAAAUCUCCAACGGCGGUGAGAGUGAGAGUCAAAGUCACGAGCUUGAACUACGCCAAUCACUUGCAGAUACAGGGAAAAUACCAAGAGAAGUUUUCUCUGCCUUUUAUUCCGGGCUCCGAUUAUUCUGGCAUCGUCGACGCAGUCGGAACCGCCGUCUCCAAGUUCAAAGUCGGAGACCCUGUUUGUUCAUUCGCCGGUCUUGGUUCCUUUGCUCAGUUCAUUGUCGUCGAUGAGGCCGACCUGUUUGGAGUGCCAGAAGGAUGUGAUCUUGUUGCCGCUGGCUCGCUUCCCGUUGCAUUUGGAACUUCCCAUGUUGCACUCGUUCACAGGGCUGGGUUGUCUCCCGGUCAGGUACUUCUGGUUCUUGGUGCUGCUGGAGGUGUUGGUAUUGCGGCUGUACAGAUUGGAAAGAUCUGUGGUGCUGUUGUUAUUGCUGUAGCUAGGGGAGAUGAGAAGGUGCAGUAUUUGAAGUCACUGAGAGUUGAUCAUGUUGUGGACUCUGGCAAGCAAAACAUUACAGAGAGUGUGAAGGAGUUCCUAAGGGCCAGAAAACUUAAAGGGGUUGAUGUGUUGUAUGAUCCAGUUGGUGGUGACCAAACUAAAGAAACAAUGAGGCUCUUGAACUGGGGAGCGAAAAUUUUGAUCAUAGGCUUUGCCAGUGGAAAAAUCCCUGUCAUCCCUGCAAAUAUUGCUCUUGUUAAGAACUGGACAGUGCAUGGACUUUACUGGGGUAGCUACAAAAUACAUAGACCAGGUGUUCUUGAAGAUUCUCUUAGGGAGUUAUUAUCCUGGCUAGCAAGAGGCUUGAUCACUGUCAACAUAUCUCAUAUUUACAGCUUCUCGGAGGCAGGCCUCGCCUUUUCUGCCAUCAAAGAUAGGAAAGUAAUUGGAAAGGUAAUGCUUGUUGCUGAUGGUGGAAAAACUGUACGAUCUAAGCUUUAGAUCAAUCGGGAUUCAGCUGGGAUGGAAUGGAUCAUAUGGAGCAUAUUAUCCUUCGCAUUUCAAUGCGCAAACUUCCCAGUUUUCAUACAAUGUGUCAUGUAUACUUUCUCAUUAUGAUAAAUUAAAGAAUUGGCAAGACUUGCUUUUAUAUGGAAAAUAAGUUUUUAGGCAAAUAAACGGGUUGUAUGUUAACUAGUUGAAUACUUUGAGAAUAGCAAUGCAAGUCUCAGACAGCUUUUUGACA